CGGACAGCUGCGGGGUCCUCGGCGGGGCGGGGCGUGCCGCGGGGGCUUCUGGGAGCUGCCCGUAAACCUCGCUCUUUCGCUCGGGUCGUGGCGCCGGCAGGAUGGGCAAGUGUCGAGGUCUCCGCACUGCCAGGAAGCUCCGCAGCCACCGGCGAGACCAGAAGUGGCACGAUAAGCAGUACAAGAAGGCGCACUUGGGCACAGCCCUGAAGGCCAACCCCUUCGGGGGCGCGUCGCACGCCAAGGGCAUCGUGCUGGAGAAAGUAGGGGUCGAAGCCAAGCAGCCCAACUCUGCUAUCAGAAAGUGUGUCCGUGUCCAGCUUAUCAAAAACGGCAAGAAGAUCACUGCUUUUGUGCCCAACGAUGGCUGCUUGAACUUCAUUGAGGAGAAUGAUGAAGUUCUGGUUGCCGGAUUUGGUCGGAAAGGUCAUGCUGUUGGUGAUAUCCCUGGAGUCCGCUUUAAGGUGGUCAAAGUAGCCAAUGUCUCUCUUUUGGCCCUGUACAAAGGCAAGAAGGAAAGACCAAGAUCAUAAGUUGUGAUGCUGGAAACACCUAGUAAUAAAUUUUCAUAUGCUAACCAAAA